AUGGCGCGCGGGCCCUCGCCCACCCACGAGGGCAGCGCGAGCAGCACCGGCAGCGGCCACAACUCGCGGGGCGGCCGCGGGUCGAGCGAGGAGAAAGAACUGACGCCCGGGCAGAAGCGACGGAAGGAGCAGAACCGCGCCGCACAACGCUCGUUCCGUCGAGCGCAAAGAGCGCCACGUCAAGAGCUCGAGCAGCGGCUGGCGUCGCUGGAGGCAAGCGAACACGCGGGCCGCCGUGGAGAACGACAAGCUCAAGGCGGCGCUGGAAUAAGGACAGAAACGCUCGAGAACCGUUUGCUGCACGAUAACACGAUUCGUCGGCAGCGGCAAUCAGCGGGAGCUUGGCGUGCGGCAGUGGCGGGGCGGCACUCCCCGCCGCCUGAAGUCGGCCCCUGGCGUUCAAACCGCUGGACCCAGAAUCGCUGCGCUCCAACCCGCCAGCGAAGUUUACCCUCGCCGAUAUUUGUGGCCAGCACCCGAACCGCGGGCCGAUCCAUCGCAAUCACCACACUCCCGAGCACGGGCGAGAAGCUGCUCGGCGGGCGCCGCCUGGGACCUAUCAUGUGCCACCCGCUUUAUGAACAAGGCCUCGUCGAUAUUGGUGAUAUCAGCGAGAGGCUAAAGACCCUCGCUCGAUGGAUGGGCAGGGCCCAGUCUUCGAGGAGACACUUCUGGCACUUCUGGCACUUCUGGCACUUCUGGCACUUCUGGCACUUCUGGCACUUCUGGCACUUCUGGCACUUCUGGCACUUCUGGCACUUCUGGCACUUCUAGCACUUCUGGCACUUCUGGCACUUCUGGCACUUCUGGCACUUCUGGCACUUCUGCACUUCUGGCACUUCUACUCUACAUACGGUACUCCUCACUCACUGUGUAUCUACCUCCACCAAGAGUAGCUGUGGAUAUAUCCCCCUCCCCUGCAAUGGGUGGUGAGCCGGGGUAACCACAUAUUCAUCUUUUCUUCUUGCACUGCCUCACUCGUUUAACUUUAGAGUCUUAGAGUCGGUACAUAACGACAACUCUAAGUAUGGUUGGGGACGCCUAUAAACCGGAGUGAAUUGCGACAUUCAUUUUGGCUGACAAAUCACGAGUGAUUAUAGUGUGUCUACGCCAAAAAUGGGGGGUUAAUAAGUGCGCCGCAGGUAAUUUUUCGAAUACAGAGC